AACUCUUGCUUGUAAAGAAUAUUAGCAGUAUAACAAAAAAAAAGUGUAAACAGAAAAAAAAAACUUGUAUCGGUAGCAAAAAUUGUGGGGAAAAAAUAAAAACAAAUUGAAUUGUGGACUGUCCAAGACUGCAUGUCCAUCAUUUUCCAAAGUAAUAUAGACUAUUUGCAUUGUGCAUUAAAAUAAUUUGUUAGCGUGCAACAAAACAGAAGCAGUUUUUGUUAAAUUAGGCGAAUUAAAUUAAAAGAAGUGAAGACAACAAUUUACAAUAACUCAUCAUUCAUUUACAAAAUACACCUGCCUCCCAGCCAAAACACAUAACUUCACCUUGGGUCCAGGAGACACGAUGGACGAAGACUGCGAUACAGGCCUGGUGCGGCGGUUGGCUGAGCUGAAAAAGAGGCAUCGGAAGAGGCGAUCAGAACGACAGGCAAAGGCGAUCCUGGAUGAUGAAGAGUACAGGGAUCCGAGUCGACGCUUACGCAAAUGUGGUUUCAACCCACCUGUCACAAGUCUGCCAUCACAGGAAGAUGUUGAGCACUUGUUGCGAGAAGAAAAAAAAGACAUCAAUGCGAUGUCUCGUCACAUUCCCACGAAGAGUCACAGGCCACCUCAGCCCCUACGGUUGCUAGAUCUGGAAGAUGAGAGUUAUAUUUGUAAGUACGGGAACGACGAGGAGUACGAGGAGCUGCAGCCCGAGGUGGCGGCGGCCAUCAUGCACACGGAGGAGCGUGGCGUGAAGCUGGGGGCCCCGCCCCGCCAGAUCUACAACCAGCUGUUCCAGGCGAGCCGCGAGGAGCCGCUGCUGCCCGUAGGAUCGCUCGCACCGUGCGCCUCACGGUUCAAGGACGUAAUGAUCCCCUUGGUGCCGCCCACCGAGUCCAGUUCUCACCCCACACUCGAGGAAGCAGCUGUGAUGGCCGCCGACCAUUGUUUCGGGGUUAAAGACGACGUAUGCAGCAACUUCAUCAAACAACCGGAGCUGCACGAAAGAUUGAAAUACUUGCUAGACUGUAAAAAAGACAAUGACCCCGAGCUGUGGGAAGGAAGCACGUCUUGUACGUCGUUAUCUGACUUUGAGACACUUUCGGAAGUCAAGUCUCCGAAGUGUAUCAACAGAGUGCAGCUCCGGGGGUCCACGCUCCCGUCUUGGUUUCCAGGUUAUUUCAUGAUUCUACCCAACAUGGAGCAACCAUCUCUCUCCCAAUCGCCCAGUCAAGUGAUGCAGUCUGCCUGGAAAGCAGUCCACCCUGAAACAUUUGAAGACAAAGGCCGCAUAUUUUUUGGAUCGUAGUUUCUGUAUAUCCCUGGGGAAACAAACUGAUUCAGAUAUGUUCAACAAAAUAAGGACAUAGUGAAUUUAUUUGUUUGUUUCACCAUUAACAUUGAAUAGCUAAAUAUUGGUACAUUUAUUUACAGAGUUAUUUUGAAUAUAAAUUAACAACUUUCUUUUAAGCUAGAAAAACUUAUUGCACAAUUGAAUACUUAUUAUUCUCUUAUACUGAAGUAAAAAUAUAAAAUAUCUUUGUCAUCACAUUUACAAACUAUGUAUUUUUGCAUUGAUAAAUAACUCAGUGGUAUAAGUGAAAGAGCUAUGGAAAAAUUAGUUGGAAAAAAAAAAAAUUUGCACUGUAACACAGAAAGUAGAGACAACCUUAUUGAGUGCAAGAAGUACAUAGCCAUAUGGCCGAAGGAAACACAGAAGUUAAAAUUUUCCUAAGGAGAGCGUUCCUGUUGCUUGACCUCUGACGCUGAUGUUUUUAGUAGAGCCCCGCUAGUGUGAAUAUUGUCAAACAGACCUCUGACAGUCAUUACCAUCAACAACAGCACAAAACACAAAUUAAAACAUAGCUUGUCUUCUACCUGUUCCAACUCACAAUGUAACAGAACAAGUUGUUACGUAUUUUAACCCCUUCACGACUGAAAGAAAAGAGAUGGGCCAAAUUCAAAAGCAUUCAGAUAAGCUGGACUGCACUAAAAAGUAAACAAUGGUAUUGAGUGGCUGUGACUGUUAACGCAUUACGCAAUGGUAAAUAAAAACUACGAGUCGUAUAUAAUUAAGUAUGAUGUAAAGCCCUGCUAAUUAAAAUAAACUGUUUGCUUCUAUAAUAUGUUUUACCUAGACUGCAAUUCAGACCAAAUGGCACCCACUGUUGCCAGAUUGAUACUUCCCGGCUUGUUAACAUUGAGAAUGUUAUUUUGUAUACUAUCAAUAUAAGUUUUACUAUAUUUUUAAUUUUACUGUUUGUUAAUUUCUUAAAGACCAUAAAACUGCCUCUUGAUAGUAUUAUUACAGUUAUAUACAUUCUGAAAGAAAAGAAAUACAAUUCUAAAAAUAUCUUAUUAUUUCAUAGGAGAAACUAUUUGUAGCAGUCAGUAAUGGUGAAAGAACAGCUUCCUUGAAAGAUGUCUAAUCAUGGACAAAAUGGACUAACACAGGCUCUUAUUAACAAAUAUGUAUAAAGACACAGACUUUUAGGUAAGUUGAUUCUUCAACAACCUCUGUAUUCUGCUAACAGUUUUCAAAUUACACACGUUGACUGCGCAGCCGAAGGUUACCUGCCUUAUCAGGGCACAAAAACUGACGUUCGAGAUUGACUCUCGUAUGGCUCUGACUUGGUACAGAUUAAUAAAUACAUACAUGAAUUCACAUAAAACAUUGGCAGUGUGUAACAUAGGGAAUAAUUAUUUUGACAACUAUUUUUGUACAUAUGGUUAAAAUUAAAAUUAUCAAGUAAAAAUGGAACUAGAAAGUAUGCAGAUAAGAAAAUUUGCAGUUUACAUAUUUAUUUUGUAAAACAGUUUACUAAUUACAUAAUAUUUCAGUAUCACUGUAUUUAUAACCUCUAAUAAUGAAAUAAUACAAUCUAUAAUUCUGCUGGUAGAACUAGAUACUAUCAAGAACUUAACAUUAAAACAAG